AUGACGGCGCUCGCGGCCGCGCGCGCGCGCGGCGACGCGACGCGACGCGCGCGCGCGACGCGCGCGAACGCGCGCGGCGAUGGUCGACGUCAGCGCGCGGUCGACGCGCGCGCGGGGAAGCGACGAGGGAUCGGGGACAUCCUGGACGACGAGUUCAGCGAGAGCGAUGGGAAGAAGAAGGAGAAGAAGCGCGGGGGGGUCUCGCGCGACGGAGGGGCGCAGUUCGAGCGGAAACCGAUGGGGACGACGUCGAGCGCGCAGGAUAAGUGGAUUAAAGUGGGCAACGUGAGCGAACUCGAGGAGAAGCCGAUCAAGGCGCUGCUGCUGGCGAAUGGGAACUUUUGCAUGGUGAAGUAUGGGUCGAUGGUUUUCAUCACGGCGUGUAACUCGACGGCGUAUCAGUAUCCGCUCAUCGACGGGGAGCUGUUCGAGGGACCGAGCGGGGCGGCGAUUCGCGUGCCGCUCGACGGCACGGAGUACGACUUGGCCACGGGAGAGGUGAUCACGUGGUGUCCGCAAAAUACCAUGAUGCGCAAAUUUUUGGGAGGACUCAAGAAGGCGGCGACGCCCGUGCCGUUGGCGGUGUAUCCGACGAAGAUUGAUUCGGAGGGCGACGUGUUCACGUAUUUCAUCUGA